AUGGACAAGUUCGAUGGAAGCAAUGACGUCGGAUCGGUGCUUUUGGACCAACCUUUCAAGCUUUGGUCAAAGAUCAUAGACACCGUGAGCUGUGGCGGCGGCGGCAAAAGGCCAAAGAAGAAUUCUGAGUCAAAAAGAAAAAUCAAUUUGAAGCAGCAGCCCAGAUCCGACAAAUUGUCGGAGCUUUUGAAGGAACCCGAGUGCUGGGAGAAUGAGGAGAAGGAUGAGGAAGUUAGGAGGAAAGAGGAGACGCUGGAAGAGCUGAAGAGAGUGGCUAAGAAGCUACAGCAGCAAAGCAGCUUGGAGUUGGUUCUGGAGGGUACGACGGAGGUGAGGAGGCUCGCAAAGGAGGAUUCUCAAGCCAGAACUACUCUAGCUCUUCUCGGCGUCAUUCCGCCCCUUGUGGCUUUGCUGGACGCUGAGGAUCCUACCUCUAAUUCUCAGAUCGCCGCUCUCUAUGCUUUGCUGAAUCUUGCCAUUGCAAAUGAUGUAAAUAAAGACGCCAUUGUCAGAGCAGGGGCUUUACAUAAAAUGCUAAAGCUCAUCCAAUCUCCAAACGAUUCGACUAAUCGGGCAGUUGCCGAAGCGGUUGUUGCGAAUUAUCUUGGCUUGAGUGCUUUGGAUUCCAAUAAACCAAUUAUAGGUUCUUCAGGUGUAAUUCCAUAUUUAGUGAAAACACUAAAAGAUUUUGAUGGAACGAGUAGUUAUCAAGCUAAACAUGACUCAUUGCGAGCACUUUACAAUCUUUCAAUCGAGACUACAAAUUUGUUCCCAAUAUUAGAGACCGAUUUGAUACCAUAUAUGUUGAGCAAGCUAGGGGAUAUGGAUGUAAGUGAGAGGAUCCUCUCUAUUCUUAGCAAUGUGGUAGCUAUAGGUGAGGGCAGGAAGGCGAUCAGCAAUGUGCCGGAUGCAUUUCCGACUAUAAUUGAUGUGUUGAAUUGGACGGAUUCUCCGGGGUGCCAAGAGAAAGCAUCCUACAUUCUAAUGGUUAUGGCACACAAGUCGUAUGGAGAUAGGCAGGUCAUGAUUGAGGCCGGAAUUGUUUCAUCCUUGCUUGAAUUAACACUUUUGGGAAGCACAUUAGCACAAAAAAGGGCUUCGAGGAUAUUGGAGUGUUUACGGGUGGAUAAAGGGAAUCAAGUAUCGGGAAACUGUGGAGGCGGCGGAUUGUCAGCUCCUCUUUGCAGGACGAGUAAUCAAUUAAAGGAGCCAUUGGAGGAAGACGACGACAUGAUUAGUCAAGAGAGGAAUGCAGUGAAGCAACUAGUUCAAAAGAGUUUGCAAAACAACAUGGAAAGGAUGGUGGAGAGGGCUAAUUUGCCUCAUGAUUUUGUUCCUUCUGACCAUUUCAAGUCCCUAUCAUCGAGUCCAACUUCUAAGAGCUUGCCAUUUUGA